AGAGAGAGAGAGAGAGAGAGAGAGAGAGAGAGAGGGAGGCGGAGUCCCGGUGUACCGUGUGAGCGGAGACGCUCCCCGUUCCAUUCCACGGAUCGGUUUCUCCCGGUGUCGUGCUCAGUGCUGCAGCCACGAAAAUCUGUGGAAACUCACUCUCCCGUUUCUCGGAUACUUUACGGUCCCACGGAGGCGCCAUCCGAAACCUCCUCAACUCUUCCCUCCCCCCCACCCCCAGUCACCCGUUCGUUUCGCCACCGGGAACCGAGAGCAGCCCCGUCCCGAGAUGAUGUUGAGUCUCGGACUGUUCGUGUCUCUGGCGGCUUUGUCGGUGUCCGUUACCGGUAGCAGUUACGGGAACCCUCUGGACAGUGAGAAGUGGAUGAGCUUCGUGUCCCAGUACGACAAGAGCAAAUACUGGAACAAAUUCCGCGACGAUGAUUACUUCAGAACUUGGAACCCUAAUAAAGCACAAGACCAAGAGACGGAGAGCGUGUCGAGCCCGCGGGCAGAUCUGGACUCUCCAACACACUCAAUGGCCAAGAGCAGAAACACCGAUGGUCUGGACAGCACUAAAGAUCCCUGUCUGAAGGUUCAUUGUCCUCCUCACAAAGUGUGCAUGAGUCACGACUUCCAGACGGCCGUCUGCACCAAUCACAAACCUGCACAGCACAGCAUUAAACCCAGGAAAGGAAGUCUUCCACACAAGCGAUGGAUGGGAGCUAUGAAUCAUGGGAAAUGUAGGCUGUGUCCUGUAGUUCCCUCCAGUCUGGUGUGUGGUUCUGACGGACACACGUACUCAUCAAAGUGUAAACUGGAUUUCCAGGCGUGUAGCGCUGGUAAGAGGAUCUCAGUGAAGUGUGAGGGCGCCUGUCCCUGCCUGCCUGCACAGGAAGUCAUCAAACCACACACAGAGACACACGGCUGCAGUGACGCUGAUCUGAGAAGUUUAGCAUCGCGACUGAAAGACUGGUUUGGGGUUUUACACACAGACGCCAAAAGAGACCUUAAAACCACCACAAGCGACACCACACAAGGCCGUUUUGACACCAGUAUUCUGCCCAUCUGUAAAGAUUCUCUCGGGUGGAUGUUCAACAAGCUGGACAUGAACUAUGACCUCCUCCUCGACCAAUCAGAGCUCAGCGCCAUUUACCUCGACAAAUACGAGCUGUGCAUGCGACCGCUGUUCAACUCCUGCGACUCCUUUAAAGACGGAAAACUCUCCAACAACGAGUGGUGCUACUGUUUCCAAAAGCCAGACGGCAUGCCGUGUCAGAAUGAGAUGAAGAGGAUUCACUCUCAAAGCCGACGGAAGACUCUGAUUGGUGUGCAUGUACCGCGCUGUACCGAAGACGGUUAUUUUAAGGCCACUCAGUGUCACGGCAGCACCGGUCAAUGUUGGUGUGUCGACAAAUAUGGCAGCAGAUCGCAGGAUCCGCUGAGACAGGGCAACCCUUCAUGUGAGGAAGAUCAGGAAACAUCUGGAGAUUUCGGCAGCGGCAGCUCCGUGAUUUUAAUGGACGAUCAGGAGGAAGAGUCUCCAAAGCGUGGGCGGGGCAGACAGAAAGAGAGACGGGCUCAGUUCCACCCCCGCAGGGCGAUCGAGGACGACGAAGAUGCAGAGGACGACGAGAUGGGCUACGUCUGGUAGCUCCGCCCACCCAUGUUCCGCCAAUUAACCAGGGACCCAUGUUAAAAAAAACACACCGUUCUGAAGCCAUUCCAGCUCCGCCCCCUCGGAUACGCCCACUUCCUGUACCUCUCCCAUUCUGAAUCUGAUGUUUCCCGAUGAUUCACUGCUGUCCCUCUAUCUCUCUCUUUCUCUGUGGCCAGCUGUUCGCGUUCUGUCCUCUGUUCGCCCUCGUUUAUACACGUCGAUCUUCCGGAACACUCUUGCGUAGUCUAGAUCGCGUCUACAAAGCCUCGUUAUGGCACGUAGAACGCAACGGGAAACAUGCAUGACAAAAUUAUUGGACAUUUCAGGUUUCCUUUGAGUUGGAAGUUGUGCACAGAUGUUCUCGAAGGGUUCUAGAGUGUUUGCACUAUAUUUAAGUGACGUUGUCUGUGGUCGUAUGCAUGAACGACACUCCAAAACAGAAGAGACAGUCAAUGUGCACGUUUGUUGAUGGACAUUUUUGACCAUUAGGAUGCGUUUUACAGUUUUUUUAGCAUCUUCCAGCAGUGUUUUUAUAGACACGGUCAAGUUAUAAACAAAUCGUUUCAGUCCUGUGUGCUGUGUUUAUCUGUUUUUGUAGGCAAGAACACAUCCUGAGUGAACGCCCCUUUUUGCUGCGUUCUAAUCAUGACAUAAUUGGGUGAUUCCUCAACUUCAGACACCAGGGGUUGAUUCUUUUUUUAAACGAACAGUAGGUCCUUGUGGUGGUGCGGUUACUCGCCUCAAUCGGGGUGGCGGAGGACAAAUCUCAGUUGCCGCUUCUGAGACCGUCAAUCCGCGCAUCUCAUCACGUGACUCGUUGUGCAUGACACCGCGGAGACUCACAGCAUGUGGAGACUCAUGCUACUCUCUGCGAUCCACACACAACUCACCACACGCCCCAUUGAGAGAACCACUAAUCACCACCACGAGGAGGUUACCCCAUGUGACUCUACACUCCCUAGCAACCGGGCCAAUUUGGUUGCUAUGGAGACCUGACUGGGUCGCGCGCGAGACUCAAAAGAAACAUUGUUUCAAAAAAACGUCCAUCUAGCGUGUGAUUACAUCAGAAACAAUUGAAGCAGCGUACACACACACUCACACAAACACACACACAUACACUCACUCACACAAACACACUCACACACAAACACACACUCACACACAAACACACUCACACACACACUCACACACAAACACACACUCACACACAAACACACUCACACACACACACACUCACACACAAACACACUCACACACACACUCACACACAAACACACUCACACAAACACACACUCACACACAAACACACUCACACACACACACUCACACUCACACACACACUCACACACACACACACAAACACACUCACACACACACUCACACACAAACACACUCACACAAACACACUCACACACACACUCACACACAAACACACACUCACACACAAACACACUCACACACACACACUCACACACAAACACACUCACACACACACUCACACACAAACACACUCACACAAACACACACUCACACACAAACACACACUCACACACACACACACUCACACACAAACACACUCACACAAACACACACACAUACACUCACUCACACAAACACACUCACACACACACUCACACACAAACACACACUCACACACAAACACACUCACACACACACACUCACACACAAACACACUCACACACACACUCACACAAACACACACACACAUACACACACUCACACACACUCACACAAACACACACACACUCACACACACACACACUCACACACACACUCACACACAAACACACUCACACAAACACACACUCACACACACACUCACACACAAACACACACAAACACACACUCACACACACACUCACACACACACUCACACACAAACACACACAAACACACACACUCACACACACACUCACACACAAACACACACUCACACAAACACACACUCACACACACACUCACACACAAACACACACAAACACACACUCACACACACACUCACACACACACUCACACACAAACACACACUCACACACACACUCACACACAAACACACACAAACACACACACACACAAACACACACACACACAAACACACACACUCACACACAAACACACUCACACACACAUACACACACUCACAUACACUCACUCACACAAACACACACACAAACACACACAUUCACACACACACAAACACACAUACACAAACACACACUCACACAUGCUCACACAAACACACACUCACACACACACGCACACACAUGCUCACACAAACACACACACUCACACACACACACUCACACACAUGCUCACACAAACACACACAUGCUCACACACUCACACACUCACACACAUGCUCACACAAACACACACAUGCUCACACACUCACACACACACACUCGCACACAUGCUCACACACACACACAUCACUUGAGUUCCUCAAAAUUUAGCAAAUGUAUAUUAGUAUAUAUUAUUAAUUCUAUAUUUUGCAAUCGUGGAUAAUCAGAGUAGAAUUCGAUCAUUGCGACAGUGUGACGAGCGCACGAGCGAUGUGAACGAUUCAAUCAGUCGUUUGUUGGUUCUGUUUGAAAUUGUUUGUUCGGUUUUUUCACACACUUAAACGGUUUUAAUGAAUCUUGACCUUUGCGGCGGCUGUGUUUGAUACGUUUACUGCUUGACACAAUUGCAAAACGAUGAAACGGCUCAUCGGUCUGACCUUUUCAAGCCAUUACCGAACGCUUCCGCUCGCAGAAAAACAGAAGGCGAACGCCUCUCUCUGUGAUGACCCGUCUGUGUUCACUGAGGGGAACGCUGCUUCACGCUUCUGUGUCCCAUCUGAGCGAGAGAACACAAAUAUAUCUGCACUUCUGAGUGACUCUGUCCUAAUAACUCAUCUCGUGCAGCUGAGCCAUCGAAAACCGAGUCCAUGGUUUCUGUCCCAAUCUCUUAAAGGGACAGUUCACUCAAAAAUCGUUGACAGAAAGCGAUGUUCCGCUCAGUGAUCAGAGAUGCUGUUACAGAUGGAUUAUAUGAGGGGAAGUUAGGAAACAGAGGAAAGAACUGACAGGCCCACGGCUUCAUUACCCCUCUCUCUCUCUACCUUGUUCUGUUUUCUCUCCUCGUUUUCUUCUCUCCACCUUUCCAUGUUUGACUUCUAUGACAAUGAUUGUUUUACCACAACACUGAUAUGAAAAUAUGACUAUUUAAAGGAAUAGCUGUCAGAGAAAUAGUCAUUCUUGCAUUCUCGUGCCGUUCCAAACCCCUCCGUUAAGAAACACAAAAAUAAGAUAUUUAGCGAAAUGUCCAUGCAGCUCUUUUCCAUACAGUGGAUGUGAACGAGGGCAGACACUGUCUAGCUCCAAGUAUGGCGUUUAAUUAUCUUAAAAGCUGCUACAUGUUAUAUAUGUCUUCUAAAGUUGUGAUAGCUUUGUUAGUUGUCAUUGUAAAGAAAACCUCCGCAAUUUUUUCUAAUUGUAUAAAACGUUUUUUUUAUUUAAACUAUCGGCCGAUUAAUCGGUUAUUGGCGUUUUCUGAGCAGAAUCCACUAUCGGUUGACAUCUAGAAAAGACCCACGUUUAAAUCGUCACGCACUGAAUAAUCGUACGCUCUCCAAUAUCCGCAUCGAGGUGCGUUGCUCCAGAUUUGACGUCAGUGAUGUCGUUAAAUCUCACGUGUCUUGAAGCCGACCGGCAAAUUUGAAUAUACAUAAAUUUGGAAAUGCGAAUUAGCAAGUCAUAUGGAUUUGGAACGGCAUGAGUGUUUGAAUGAACUAUUCCUUUCAAAAGGUUCAUUGGACGUAUGGCGGCAUAUCUGAGGUGAAAUGUCCACUGUGAGGCGCUAAAAGCGAGUGAAAUGUUCUCCUAAACCAAGCAAACGUGAGAUGAAAAACAAUAACGUUAUUUUGUGCUGCUUCUAUGACACUUUCGUCUCAUGUGGACUUGCGCGCUCUUCAGGACUAGUAUCCCGUUCUGUUACAUCACAAGUGCAACGCUCUCUCAGUCGAGCUAAUGCACAAUUCCAUCACACUUAAAAUUGUUUAGCACUUCGCUAGGCGUUGCUAGCAUGUGUUAACAUGAUGCUAGCACGUUUUUAGCAUGUUUUAGCACUUCGCUAGGCAAUGCUAGCAUGUGUUAGCAUGAUGCUAGCAUGUUUUUAGCAUGUUUUAUCACUUCGCUAGGCGAUGCAAACAUGUGUUAACAUGAUGCUAACACGUUUUUAGCAUGUUUAACACUUCGCUAGGCGAUGCUAACAUGUGUUAGCAUGAUGCUAUCACGUUUUUAGCAUGUUUUAGCACUUCGCUAGGCGAUGCUAGCAUGUGUUAGCAUGAUGUUAGCACGUUUUUACCAUGUUUUAGCACUUCGCUAGGCGAUGCUAGCCUGUGUUAGCAUGAUGCUAGCACGUUUUAGCACUUCGCUAAGCGAUGCUAACAUGUGUUAGCAUUAUGCUAGCAUGUUGUUAGCUUGUUUUAGCACUCGUAUCCCACUCCUUUACAUCACAAGAGCAACGCUCUCUCAGUCGAGCUAACGCACAAUUCGAUCACACUUAUACGAGCUUGUAAAUGUAGUUGAUGAUGUAACGCACAUGUUAAAAUGAGUCAUGCGCUAGUAAAAGUGUUUACAUGUCAUAAGAUAGCAUUGUGAAAAGUAAGUGUUUAUUAACUGAUAAUCUGCCGUUUCACUCGGGAUUUGUGUGUUGUAGCGCCUCUAGUGUUCAUUUCACCAGGAAAAUGCCGCGAUAUCGAUGACCUUUAGAUGAUAUAAAAGUCUGUUGUCAUGGUGACCCGAGAGCCGAGUAUAGACACACACUCCAUAUAUGAUCGCCGCAGAACUGCAUUUUGGACUUUGUUCACCGGCCCAUGCGUGCUGCUGUGUUUCUGAUGCCUGGCCUGCAACUGUAAACGUCUGCUGGCUCCGCCCCCCCACUUCCUGUCCUGCCUCUGCCUGCUUCUCUCCUGUACAAAGCUGCAAAAAAAAAAGCUUUGCUUCCGCUGUUUUCACUAAUUUGAACACAAACGCAGUGUAGACCGCUCACAGGUUCAAGUCGACGGCCAUAUUUGCAAGUUAAUUCUCUAUAUUUUCUACUCUGUAAAGAAGACAAUAAGUAACAUGUCAAAAAAGAAGGAAAUGCUGAAUGUUCGACGGGAGAUGUAAUUUAAUGACGUCAUGUGGCUUUGUCCAUUUUGCCUUGCCUGAGUCUGGAUGUGUAAAAAAACUCUCCUGUAGUCCUGAGUUUAAUGUAUAGACCCCUCUCUCUCUCUCUCUUUGUAUCUCUAUCUGUCUCUCUCUCCUUUUCCACUGACACGAUGCCAGUGUGUGUGCCCAAUCUGGCCCCUUUCCGUGCAUUUCCAGCAAGGAAAAAGCAGUUCUGGGAUGGAAAAAUGCCGUUUCGGUGGAAAAGUGUCUCUUUCUGUCCAUUCUCGUGUCCUCUCUUUGUCCAAUAUUCCCGUUAU